AUGAAUAUUCAUCGAAUAUUAUUUUUAUCACAUCUGAGUCGAAAAUUUUAUACUAGAGUUUCUACUCUUCGUUAUUCAUCAUCACCGAAUGUAACCGUUAAAGUCAGUCACGUCGAUGGUACACCAUCGAUUCGUCUUAUUGGUAUCAAUCGUCCAUCGAAAAGAAAUUGUGUUAAUCAUUCCACAGCACUUCAACUUUUGUCAGCUUUUCAACAAUUUGAAAAUGAUGAUACAGCUCGUUUGGCUAUUCUCUAUGGCGAAGGUGGUUCAGCAUUUUGUGCUGGCUAUGAUUUAAGCGAAGUUGCUUCAGCAAAUAUUUCCCUGCCGAUGAAGUAUAAUAAAGAUGAACCUGGCCCGAUGGGACCAAGUCGUAUGAGUUUGCAAAAACCAUUAAUAGCUGCUGUUGCCGGGCCAUGUGUUGCUGGUGGUCUCGAAUUAUCUCUUCUAGCUGAUAUGCGUGUUGGUGAAGAAUCAUCAAAAUAUGGUGUAUUAUGUCGACGUUUUGGUGUUCCACUUAUUGAUGGCGGUACUGUUCGUUUACCACAUCUUAUUGGUCUUUCGCGUGCACUUGAUUUAAUUCUAACUGGUCGAACAGUACAUGCUCAAGAAGCAUUUAAUAUUGGAUUAAUUAAUCGUUUGGUACCUGAUGGUCAAUGUUUGGAAGAAGCAAUUCGACUAGCAAAAGAUAUACUUCGAUUUCCAUACGAAUGUAUGAAUACUGAUCGAAUAUCAGCUUAUUUUUCUGUAUCAAAUACGAUUGAUGAUAGUCUUAAACAAGAAUAUGAACAAGGAAUAAAAUUAAUCGAACGUGUAUCAAUGCCAGGUGCAAAACAUUUCAUAGAAGAAAAACAAGGACGAGGUGGAAAAUAUGAUGAUAUCAAAUGA